UGACGGAACAGAAACUGACAGAUUGUAAACAGAAUCAGAUCUCCCUGUGGUGACAUGACCUGACUCCAGCCGGGAGCACUGUCCUGGUUGCCCUGUGCCUCCUUUGUGGACCCCCUCUUCUGAGAGCUGUGGGCCAACCCUCUGUUCCCCAGAGAUACCAGGAGGAACAUGGGAGUUGGCACGUUGGGAAUUAUGGGAGAGCAGGGCGGUAUUUGAAUUUAAUGGCAUGCAAGGGCCCAGCACGAGCCAGUUCCUCAAACCCUAACGCUAUUGCUUACACACUGAAACAUUUCUCAUUAGCCCAUUGGCAGAAUUGGUAAACCAGAGUCUCUUGAUAGAGGGAUUGUUUGGCUUGGAAAGAGACCCGGCCUUCUAGGAACAGCAGACGACGGCUGAAUCCCUCUUGGACGCGGGUGGCAGAUGCUCCGUCUGCCUGGACCUGAGGCAUUUGGAUCCUCUCCUGCCCAGACUCUCAGACACAAAAAAAAACCCGCCCUCUUAGGCUGAGCCAUUUGCUGCAUCCUUUGUCGUCCCACCCGCACGCCGCCCUGGCGCUGGAGAUGAUGGAGGGGCUGGAGGUGGAGGACAUCAGCCCCGCCCUGGAGGUGACGGAGGACUUCCUGCACUGCCUGGAGGGCGUCCCGCCGGAGAAGCUGCAGGAUGUGUCUGCCGUGGGCCGGCUGAGCUCCAGCGGGGUGUGGGGGCUGCUGGCCGCCGAGCAGCUGGAAGUGUCCCCCAGGAGCGUGGCCUGGGCCGACCAGCCGUCCUCGUUCGGCUUCUUCGGCAGCCGGCAGGGCAAGCGGAGCCGGGCGCGCUCCACCAACGACCUGGCCGCCCACGCCAAGGAGGGUGGCUCCUCCAACGCCGCCUUCAAGCGCGGGCACAACCGCUCCCGCUCCGACGCCAACUACAGGUCCUACACCGACAACGGGGUGCCGGCCGUGGACAAAAACGCGCUGAAGAACAUGGCGGCCCUCAACGACAAGAGAGAAGUGGAUAAGGUGAGCAGCCCCAGCCUGGUGAAGCAGGGGGAGAUGGAGCAGCGGGAGGGCACGUCCGGCCGCUGGACGUCCUGCCACGUGGAGCUGACCCCCUGUGAGCUGCGGCUCUACAGCCUGGACAGCAGCGGGAACCGGCAGCUGUGCACGGCCUACUCGCUGUCGCACUGCCACGGCGUGGGCGCGCCCCUCCCCCAGGACCCCCGCGUGCUGCAGGCCCUCUUCUUCAGCAGCACCCGCCUGCAGCUGCGCGCCCCCUGCCAGUGGGAGGCGCUGGACUGGCGCCGCAGCCUGUGGGAGCGCGUGCUGGCGGCCCGGCCCGCCCAGCGGAAGGGGGAGGAGCCGGCGCAGCAACUUCCCGCCGCGCAGGCCCCCGUCUCCGCCUCGGUGUCGGCCCCCCGCCCCCUGACCCGGCCCACCGCCCUGCCCCUCUUCACCCAGCGCUGCCGGGACCUGCUGAAGGCCGGCCUCCUCUACCAGCUGACCGACCUCAACAACUGGCGGGCGUUCACCUUCGUGCUGAGCGCCACCCGCCUGCAGGCCUUCCCCACCGAGGGGCGGGGCCCCGUCUCCGAGCCCGUGCUGCGCUACCCGCUGUCGGGCUGCCUGGCGGUGCAGCGGGACGGCGGGGCGGAGGGCGGAGGCGGGGGGACCGCCCGCUUCCAGGUGGUCUUCCCCAACGAGGUGCUCCGCCUGCGGGCGGAGACUGAGCGCGAGGCCCAGGACUGGGUGGAGGCCCUGCGCACGGCCGCGGCGGCCCAGCGGCCACAGGAGGGCGACGCCGCCCCCGCCCCCACCCCCGCCCCGGCCGUGGUGCUGCGGAGCAAGCCCAGCCGGGAGCGCCGGCAGAGGGACGCCCAGCGCAGCAAGCGGCAGUCCGUCACCACCAGCUUCCUGGGCAUCCUCACCCGCCUGGCCGUGGAGAAGGGCCUGACCGCUCAGAGCUUCCGCUGUGCAGGCUGCCAGAGGCCGGUGGGGCUCUCUCGGGGGAAGGCCAAAGUGUGCCACUACAGCGGCUGGUACUAUUGCCACAGCUGCCACGAGGACGACCUCUUCCUCAUCCCCGCCCGGCUGCUGCACAACUGGGACACCACCCGGCACAAGGUGUCGAAGCAGGCCAAGGAGUUCCUGGAGUUUGUGUACGAGGAGCCGCUGCUGGACGUGCAGCAGCUGAACCCCAGCCUGUACGAGCACUGCGAGGCGCUGGCCGCCGUGCUGCGCCUCCGUCAGCGACUGCAGUCCCUCAGGGCCUACCUGUUCAGCUGCCGCGCCGCCGUGGCCGACGACCUGCGCCGCAGGAUUUUCCCUCGGGAAUACCUCCUUCAGCACAUCCACCUGUACUCACUGUCUGACCUGCAGCAGGUGAUAGAUGGGAAGCUGGCCCCCUUCCUCUCCAAGGUGAUAAAGUUCGCCAGCUCCCACGUCUACAGCUGCAGCCUGUGCAGCGAGAAGGGCUUCAUUUGCGAGCUCUGCCACAACGGCCAGGUCAUCUACCCCUUCCAGGAGAGCGCCACCAAGAGGUGUGAGGGCUGCGGGGCAGUGUUCCACUCGGAGUGCCGGAUGCGGGCCCAGCCCUGCCCCCGCUGCGUCCGCAGGGAGCUGCACCAGAAACCCUCGUCCUUCUGGAAGAACCUGGAGCCAGGGGACAGCCCCACCGAUGACACUUUCAGCAGCUUCGAGCUGCCCUACCAGGACACCUGAGAGAGAGGGGAGAGGAGAGAGCGGAGGGGGGCCCAGGGGAUUUCAGCUGUGGUGCACAGAGAACCGAGCAGAAGGAUAAAAUAGCCUCCAUCAAAGACGUGUGUGUGUGUAUAUGUGUGUGUGUGUUUGUGUGCACUUAUCACAGAGAGUUCACUGCGUGUGUGAAUGAGUGUAUGUUUGUGUCCAUUUGUUAGAGAGAGCUGACUGUGAGUGUAUGUGUGUGUUUGUGUUCAGAGGCUCCUCGGUAUACAGGUAGUGAUGGAACUGGUGGAUGUUUAGAGUGAAGGGGGAUGGGGGGAUCUCUGGCCCACAGACCUGUCCCGCUGCAGACCUCUCUCACCUGAGAGAGAGAGACGUACACAAAGACACUUCGCAAGUCUCCCUCAAGAAGCACUGCUCCAUAAUGAGACCAAAUUACCCUCUCCUUUCAUCUAGAAAAUUACUGCUGGGUCCAGCAACAUCACGCGUACGCGCGCACACACACACACACACACACAC